AUGAUGAAAAUAUGGUCCAUGAAGAAGAAGCAGGCGGAGGACGAUGCCGCGGCUGCAGCGACAAGUAAGAAGAAGAAGGUCACACCCGCUCAGCUGCGCGCACAGAAAGAUCUCGAAGAGCUGUCCCUCGGCACAACCAUGAAGACGCACUUUGCCAACCCCGACGACAUUCUCAACUUCACACUCACCAUCGAUCCCGACGAGGGCAUGUACAAAGGCGGGCGCUUCAACUUCAGCUUUGCGAUCAACCAGAACUUCCCGCACGAUCCGCCGAAAGUAAAGUGCACGCAGAAGAUCUACCACCCAAACAUCGACCUCGAGGGCAACGUGUGUCUCAACAUUCUAAGGGAGGACUGGAAGCCGGUGCUGAACUUGAACGCGGUGGUCGUUGGACUGCAGUUCCUGUUCCUCGAGCCGAACGCGAGUGAUCCUCUCAACAAGGAGGCGGCGGAGGACUUGAAGGUGAACAGGGAAGGGUUCAAGAGGAACGUCAGGAGUAGUCUGGGCGGAGGGACAGUACGGGGACAGACAUUCGAUCGAGUGCUGAAGUGA